AUGGAAAAUAAAGAAAAGGCUCGUAUCAACAUUGUGGUGAUUGGACACUACAAUUCUGGGAAGUCAACAACCACACUUACCACAGGUCACUUCCUGUACAAGUUAGGUGAAAUCGAUAAGUCUGUGAUUGAAAGGUAUGAGAAAGAGGCUCCUGGGAUGGACAAGCGUUCUUUCAAAUAUGCUUGGGUGUUGGACAAGCUCCCGGAAGAGCGUAAACGUGGGAUCACUAUUGACAUUUCUUUGUCAAAAUUUGAGACCAUUCGCUAUAUCUGCACUAUCAUGGAUGCUCCUGGGCACCUUGACUAUAUUAAGAACAUGAUCACUGGAACCUCUCAGGCUGACUCUGCCCUUCUCAUCAUUGACUCCACCGAUCUUUCUUUUGAAUAUGGAAUUUCCCGUGGACAGACUCGUGAACACGCUUUGAUUGCAUUCACACUUGGUGUCAAGCAAAUGAUUUGCUGCCUUAACAAGAUGGAUGCUAAUGCUACUGAAACCAAGUACUUGAAAAUUAGGUAUGAAGGAAUUGUCAAUGAAUUGAAAUGCUAUUUGAGGACAGCCGGAUACAACCCUGAUAAAGUCCCAUGUAUCCCAAUUUUUGGUUUUGAGGGCGAUAACAUGACUGAGAGGUCUCCUAACCUUCCCUGGUACACGGGUCCCACUCUUCUUGAAGACAUUGAUCAAGUGAAUGAGCCAAAAAGACCAUCUGACAAACCUCUACGCCUUCCCCUUCAUGAUGUCUACAAGAUUGGUGGAAUUGGAACUGUGACAGUGGAACGUGUUGAAACUGGUGUGAUCAAGCCAGGUAUGGCGGUCAUUUUUGGCCCAGUUAGUUUGACAGCUGAAGUCAAAUAUGUGGAAAUGCACAACAAAACACUGCUUCAGGCAUCGCUAGGUGACUGUGUCGGUUUCAAUGUUGAGAAUGUUGGUGUGAAGGAGCUUAAACGUGGGUAUGUUGCUUCAAACUCAUUGGAUGACCCUGCAAAGGGUGCUGCUAGUUUUAUUUCUCGUGUCAUUGUCUUGAACCACCUGGGUCAAAUUAGAAGAGGGUAUACACCAAUGCUUUAUUGCCAUACUUCUCACACUCUUGUUCGGUUUGCUGAACUAUUAAACAAGAUUGACAGGAGGUCUUUUGAGGUGCGGGAGCUGCAGCGUGAACCUAAGUUCUUGCAGCGUGAACCUAAGUUCUUGAAAAAUGGUGACUCUGGAAUGAUGGAGAUGGUUCCAAUAAAGCCGAUAGUGGCUGAGACUUUCUCUGGGGAGUAUCCUCCAUUGGGUCGGUUUCUUCUGAGGGACAACAGGCAGACAGUUGCUGUGGGGAUGAUCCAGAGUGUGGUUAAAAGGGAUCCAAUUGAUACUUUAAAAUUUGAAUCUCUUUCGAUCAGUUCUAUCUGA